AUGCCAGCGACACCCGACAAGUCUAGCAGUGUCCACAGCACAGAGAAGCCUAGCUCAGAGAAGCCCGCAUCGAGUUCGGAGCCGGCUCGGACACUUAGCUUAAUCGACGACUACGAUGACGAUUCGGAACCGGAAAGCAGUGAAUGGGACUUUAGUCCCAGUUCGCGGAGGAAUAAUCCGUCGUGGAUACCCGCGUCUCCGGUACCGCCUCGGGUAGAGAUAUUGGACUUUGAUGAAGCGAGCCCGCGUCGUCGGGACUCUGAGAUUGGAUGCCUGAGAUCGCCUGGUAUGCACCACUUCGAGACGCUUCCCGCACGGCGAAAUAACCAUAUGGAAGUCAGUUACGUGGGGGCCAAGGACCUCUAUCAUGCGACGGCGACAUCGAUUGCGAACUCGGCGAAGAAGACUGCAGGAUCUUCACGAGACAGCAUGGAGUCGGGGCGGAGCUCUAUCCGGCCGCCUAAGAACAGGCUGAGCUUCGCGGCCAAGGUGCUUCAGUCAGGUAGGAAGCGGCCACCUACGGGUAUCAACACGACACCCCAGUCACCGUCAUCGUUGGGCUCUGGGACGGGCUCUACCGUAGGUAAGCAGUCUUUGAAGUCGCUUCACCCAGAUAUGCACGCACACUCAAUGGACGACGAUCGUCUGCGGGUCAAGUACUCGGACGCCCUGUCGCGCGUUUUCAGAUGGAGCGGCGAGCACAGGAGGGUGGUUUCGGAGGGCGUAACCGCGACCGACUUGCCGCCGACGUCGGAAGCUCGCAGCGCCGCAGCUACCCCGGUUCCCGAUUCACCUACGCAUCCUGGACUGAAGAGGAUGAGCAGUCGGCGUUCGAUGCAGGGCCUAGCGGCUCAGUUCAAGAGGACAGCGAACUCGAUGGUCCUGACGAAGGACGAGCGACGGCGAGAGAAUCUUCGGCAGAGCAUCCGGGUGAUACCGGAGGGUAGCACGCUCGAGUAG